CAAAAAACAUGGCGACCGUUUCCAAGCGUUUUGGCCGUGCUUUUAUAGACGUUUUUAUGUAAAACUUGUGUGGUGUAGUACGUCUUAAAUCAAUAGUAUAAACUUGAAGUUAGUAUCUGUAUAAAUGCAGUAAAAAUUUGUUAGUUUACUUGUAUGCAUUCAUUGUAAAUAUGUCUCGGAAAUCAUCACUGGCAUCACAAAGUUCGAUGAAACUUGAACAAGAAAUGCGAGAAUGUCGUAUGGCUUAUCUUUCUGUUCUCAGUAGUACGAGUGAAAAUAUGACCUCUAGUAAAGAACUAACUUUAGGUUUGUAUAUUCUUGAUUUCUAUUUUGUUGAUAAUUAGCAAGACGUUCAAUGCUGUAACAUUGUAUUAAUUAGACGUUCACAGGUCUUUUUCACAAAUAUUUGCUCGGUCGGUUUUUGCAGAGAAGAGUGAGACCCGUUUCAGACCGCGUACUCUUAAGCAGCGACACAAGAACGGCAGUGAUUCAAACGGCAUGCCAAAUACAAUGUUAUUGGGCCAUUCCAUUUAUUAAGCGCACCCCCCACCCUUAUUGAGGGUUUACCAAAAAUACCCCCUGGAUAUUGCUUUAGUAAUGGGGUAUGUGGAUUUCUCAUUUUAACAUUUCCCGUGGAUUUUCUAAACCUUUGUUAACCUAUUGAGGGUAACAUAAUUUCUCCCCCUGGAUUUUUUUUUUCGGACAAUGACCUCCCUGCCCCAAUCCCCGUCGACAACUUUUUAGGUAAAAAAAAUUUCCAGACGAAUACAUUGCAAUUGCUCUCCAGGUACUUUAUCUCAAUUGUUCAUACAAAAUUUUGGUACUUAGCCCAAAAAAAAACAAAUAACAACAUACUCUAUGCCUAUGGUACCAAUAAUUGUUUACUGCCAUGGAUUUUUUUUGGAUUUUUUUAUAUUUACCCAUGGAUAUAUCUUGAAAAAUUUCUUUCUCCUAAUGGAUUUUUGUUCUUUGGACCCCCUGGAUAUCCACAACCCUCAAUAGGGGGGUGCGCUUAAUAAAUGGAAUGGCCCAUUGACAAGGUUGGGGGCCUUCGGGCGCAUUCGCCAGCGAAACCUAUAUAAAAUUAAAAAACAAAUAAGUCUAUUUCAAAUUACAAAGGCUAAUCUAAUACUAGAACAAAUUUUAAAAAAUUGAGUUAGGUUUGGCACAUGAGUGGAGCGGCGUAAGAACCAAUGUCACUCCAACGUCACAUAAUGCGACAAGCUCUGCUGAACUUGUGUAGAACUUUUGCCGUUCCAAAUUCUGCCGUACUUGAUUGAUACAUCGCUUUUCUGCUGUACCUAAUUCAUCAAUUAAGUUCGGCACAUGAAAAGUAUGCCAUCUGAAACGGGCCUGAAUUUACCUAAAUGGUUUGGAACCCCUCCAGAGGGCACAGGGUGGAACCCUUGGGUCUAGGGCGAACACCCCAGAGCUUCAUAAUUUUAGCCUUUACAUGCCUUGAUAAGAACUCUACAUCUCAAAUUCUGAAAAUCUAAUUUCAUUGAUUUUGUGUUGUGAAACAAAUUGCAGGUACAUGUAGUAUUGGAUUUCUGAUGGAAAAAUUAUUUCCAAUUUAACUCAAACAAAGUUAACUCAAAUGAGAUAACUGAGUUUCAAAACUAAAUUAAUCCACAUAUACAGGUAUAUAGCUUGUAUGAGUUGUAUCUUCUUAACAGAUAGGUGAUUAACCUGCGAUCAGGCUCUCAAAAUUGGAAAUAGAGCCUGAUACAAAACCUUGUUCAACCGUAUGUGCCAACAAAAGUUUCAUACCAAAUUUUGGUAUGAGACACUGAUUGGUCAAUAUAAAAUUAAACUCGAAUAAACUUCUGGUUACUUCCCUGCUAUAUUGGAAAUGAUCUGCUGUGCAGGGGCGGAGCGAAGACUAUCCUUUUCGGGGGGUGCAAGACAACUUUUUGCCAACAAAAGGGCGUGGCUAGCGCGCGGUUAGGGUGUGGUAAAAGCGAACCGUAUUCAUUUUUAAGUGAUGUACAACAAUUAACUCCGAGUAGUAAGAAAAUUUAUUUUAAUUUAUUUUUAAAAUAGGCGAAAUAGUUCCGAAAAAGCACAUCCAUUCAUCAUCAAACGACCGAUUACAAACUAAAUCAUCUUCGUAUUUCUCAUUGUAUAAAAGACCGUUAGGUGUAAUUUCUAAGACCUUUACCGCUAUACAAGAUUAUGAAAUGAAGUGCAGGCACAUCGACAGUCAACACGCACAUGUGCUUCGAAUUUGCUAGCUAUGGUAUAGGCCUACUUCACAAAAUUGCAAGAAAAUAUAAUACUAUUAAAUAGCGUAUUAGCGUAAUAAGUUCUUGGCCAAUUUAGCUGAAUGUUCGGAAAAGGGCCGAGCUUUCAGUCGACAUAUCCAUCUUUUCGAUCUCGCAUUUUCUACAAAUUUUCUACAAACAAUCUCUCUCCAAUCAGGUAUGGCCUAUUGGCUUGAUCCAAUUUAUUUUGCCGACAACUGAUUUAUUGUGCACCCCCCCCCCCCCUUAGCUACGCCCCUGCUGCUGUGGUUCCGACCGGCCAAAAUUGCGAAAUUGGAAGUUUCAGUUUACCCAUUUUGUCUUAUAAAUAGAAAGCAGGCCUGAAUAGAAACACUUACGGAAGACAAAGCGAUCGGAAAAGAAACUUCCAGGAGACGAAAUAAACAAAUACUGUAAGGAAUUUGUGACGCAAUAUGCAGAGAUGUAUUAUUAAGUUGUCAACAAUUACUUCGUCUUUGAAAUAUUCCCAAGUAGGGAUGUUCAAAUUCAUCGCAACGAAGCUGUAAGUUGUUAGAAUUAGAAAGCUUUCUAGAUGAAGGAUUGUUCAAAAAUCUAUCUGCACAGUGUAUAAACUAAAAAUACCAUGCCGUUGCACUCAGACGUGACGUCUCGUCACCCGUCCCAAUAUAUAAUUGUGUUUAAUACAUUUUUACUUGGAAUAGAAGUUCAAACGUUCAGAUAUACAUGUAACUACAGGAGCAAGAUGUAUUUUAUCUUUACAGCAAUACUGUUCUUCUUACAGCUUCUUUCAGUUCAUUGCGAUAAAUUUCAACACUUUUGGGAAACUGAAUAUUAAAGUAUUUGUUGACAACUAUUUAAAGAUGCGGUACAGUCCGAUCUGCGCAUGUGCAUAAAGGAGCCCUCUUUUUAUUUACAAACAGUUUAUUUAGGUUUUUAUUUCAUUUUAUGUUCAAGAUUGCAAAGCUUGAUUGUUGUGUCUUGAUAAUUUAUUAUACUCUAGAAUCAUGAAAAUAUAAAUAGUUGUCGAAUAAAGUUCAAUAUUUUGGAUACCGAAAUGUAAACAAAGCCUUUGUUUACAUACGGACUGUACCGCAUCUUUAAUACAUUAACUCUUAUCAAUGACAAUGUCAUGAAUUUUCUACAGCAUUUAUUGACUUUGUUUAUCCACAAGUAUAAUUUUAAUCACAGCGUUUAUAUUUAUUAGGAAAAAUGUAAACUGGAAUUUCGAAUUUCGAUAUUUUGGUCGAACAAUUACAAAGUUACUAUCUAACUUUGAUGGCUUUUCCCUUGUACGCGAUUAUUUUUACUUCAGGCGCAUUUUGAUUGGCUAAAUUCAAAUAAAGUGUGGUGAUGGGCGGUAAACCAAUUAGUAAACGUUUGUAUCAGGCGUUAAUUACUCCAAGAACGCCUGAUCGCAGGUUAAUAGGUGAUAAGACAUGUGAAUAAAUAAAAUUUUCCAUGAUGAAAACUAACAUUAUGUUAAAGUUUGUUGACCAUUCAUUCUGCCCUAAAAUCCAUUCAAUGCUGCCUUAAAAAAUCAAGUAUACACAUUUCAUGAACAAUGUCAAUGAGCAGGCAGACAUUUUAUAUUUUUCAUUGUUGAAGUUUAGGCCUUUUAAAUUUCAAUGUAGGCCUUUUAAUUUAAAAUUUUAAUUUAAAUUUUAAAUUAAAAUUUUAAUUUAAAUUUUAAUCUAAAAUUUUAAUUUAAAUUUUAGUUCAGGCCUUUUGAAGUUUGGCCUUUUAAGUUUAGGCCUUUUAAAUUUUCACACAAUGCUGCUAAGGGUAUGGUGCUAGGGAGAUUGGGAGCAAAAUGUAAACAAGGCAAGGGGUCUAUAAGAUAAUGGUUAGUGUUUAUUGUGAUUAAUUCAGUCCUUUGUGGUAUGUUGGGAUUAACUUAAUGUACGUAUAAAGAAAGUAGUACAGUCGGUUUUCAAAAUUGCGAUUUCUUGGGCCCAUUUCAUUUGCAAUUUUAUGAUGUUUGAUAAUAUGAGGUAAAUGUAUCUUUCAACAUCAUCACCCAUUGGCUAGAAAUAAAAUACAUAUGUUGUUAAUAUGUAUUCCUGUAGUUCCCUCAACUGUUCGCACAAGUUUUGGACUUUGCAAAGUAACCCCAGCCCCAAUGUUGCCCUCCGCCCCCCCCCCCCCCAAGUGAACUAUAUUGUUCCUCUUGGUGAAGGUCCCUUCUGUCUCAAAUAUAUGCAGAAAAGAGAAGGAAAGUUUAGUUUAAGAAGAGUGUUUUAGCAUUCCCAUGACUUAACCUUUUUCUACCAGAUGAAAUAUAUAAUUUGAAACAUUUUGCCUAUAAAAAUGCUGAAAACCAAGCCCCAGAGGUUAGAGAAAGAGGGGGGGGGACCCUAGACCCUUGUGGAAGUUCCCACCUUUCCAGUUAAUUAUCUCCUUAUUAGGGCCUUUUCCUUGAUGGCCCCACCACUUGCAAAAUCUUAAUAACCUGCUUUAUACCUCACUUGGGUUUACUCAUUUCACCUAUUAUAAUUAUCUGAAAUACUGAUAGAGUACUAUAUAGAACAUCAAUAUUUGUUUUAGCACUUCAAUAUUCUGGUCGAAAUCCAACACAAAAAUCCAUUAAAAAACACUGGAAAUAUUCUACAGGUAAAAUGUACAGCAUUGUUAAAAUUUGAUUAUUCUGACUUGUAUCUGUUUCAAAACACAACAUAUUUAUAAUUCAACAUGUAUUUCCAGAAUCCAUAUCAUACUCAGAAUUUUGUGAAAUAAUGAAGCAAGAAAAGCAAAAUAGCAAAAAUGAUCUUGUAUAUGCUUUUAAAAAGAUGGAUAUAAACGAUGAUGGCUUUAUCUCGUUUUCCGAGCUCAAGAAAGCUCUCACAAUGGUAAAUAUAAUUGUAACUGCAUGUAACUCACCUGGGGCCAGUUGCAUGGUCAAAGCACGAUUAGCGCUAACCGGUGGUUAAAUUGAACCCAUUGCUUUGGUUUAUGUAGCCUGCGAACAGGCUCUCAAGCUGAAUUGAGAGCCUGCAUCGAUGACUAAUGAAUUUGAAUAUCUGCCCCGUAACGUUCGUUUUUCCAAAUAUGAAAUGCCUAUCCUUAUAUGGUGUUGUUUACAACUUUCGUGCAAACUAAAUUUAGACCGUGCAAACUAAAUUUAGACCGUACAGUUUGUACUGUUAUUCGAAAUAUAAGAUAUUCAAGCAAAAGUUUAAAUGUUUUAAAUACUGUUUUCUCAAAACAGAACACUUCGUGCUUUGAGAUAAGAUGGCCAAGACCAAUUUGAUCAGUUAAUGUGUUUUUUAUGCAUAGUGCUUCAGCAGUUGACAUAUAUAGAGCUCAGCGGAAACAUAUAAAUUAUAGCAUCUGACCAAUGAGAAUUUCGCGUCACGAUUUGAGACGCAGAUAUUCAAAUUCAUUAGUCAUCGAUGCAGGCUCUCAAUUCAGCUUGAGAGCCUGUUCGCAGGCUAUGGUUUAUGUAUAUCUGUAUAUGUCUGUUUAUUUAAAAUUUUCUGAUGAUCCAGACAAAAUUUCUGAAAAAAAAUAUUUCCAAGUUUAUAAACAAGCUGCAUGCUGGGAAGUAUGCUUUGAAUUUCAUGUUACAUGUAACCCAGGGUUGAGCUAGCCGGUUUUUGAACAAUCAAUUUUGAAACAAAACUAAAAUAAUUCGUAUAAAAGUGCAACUUAUGAUCGAUUGAUAUUUGCAAUGUUAGUUUAAUUAGCCCCCACUGCCCCAGCCAGUUAAAACUAUCCGUGCAAGUCUUGACUGAUUUUCCUUCUCGGUAAAUAUGGUUCUCUAUAGCUUCUCUGCAUCUAAUAUAGAAUAUAUAGUGCUGUUUCCUAUGAACAUUUUUGUUGCUACAGUGAUGAUGCACCUUGCCCUUCGAUAGGUGCACACAACCCUGGCCCUGACUAUAAAUUUUCGCUGUAAACCGUAGCUAACCGUGGACGUAGUUCAUGAUGCAUGUACUGUGGUUGUGAAUUUUAGUAUGGAGAGAGAAUGAGUGAAUCUGAGGUUCAAGAUAUACUUGAUGAAGCAGAUGAUAAUGGAGAUGGUCGUUUAGAUUAUGAAGAGGUUUGGAAUAACUCAUAUGUUAGAACUUUCCAUCUUGCAGGUUAUUACGUGUUUUGUUAAGAAAGCCCGUCGCAUGGAAUACAUCUACAACUAUAUACGUUACAUGUUGUAAAUGAUAAACAUGCACUCGUUGUGUUCACGGCUACAACGGCAAAAACCAUGAAUUCCCGUUUUAGUAAUAGAGAGGUUCAGAUAUGACUUUCACUACCUCUCACAGGCUUAGACAGUACGCAUUUGAUUGCCUGAUUGGUUAAUCGGAUCGAUUAAGUGAAUACAAUUGCCUUUCUCACGAAGGCCAAAAUCCGCCAUUUUGGGGGUACUGCCUACCCUCGUGAAAGAUUCUAGACAAUUAAAAAAACGUGAACAGCGACUUUUAAAAGUUAUAACUGUAAAUUACCAUUAUACAAACAACUAUAAUAAUAAGUUGUAUUUCGUGGUGCAUGCGGCGACUCUCGAACGUGGGAGAAGCAGUACCCCCAAAAUGGCGGAAAAAUCAGCCGUGAACAAGGCUAAUUGGUUAAUAACGGUAGCGGUUGAACCUCUCUAUCUAAACAACGACGAAAGAAAAACAAAUUUUAAACAUUGUUUUCAAGCCUUGACUGUUAUCUGUUGACACAUUUUCGCACUAUAUACUGUACCCCGCGUACGGCCGUAGAAUGAGUUCGAAAUAAAUUGCUCAUUUAUGCGAAAGUGAAUGCUGGCUUUUGGCGUAAACUUAAAGUUAUAUUAAGUAAAAGUUAGAGCAAGAGGAACUUACAGUGGAGAAUCGUGGAAGUUUAAGCUUUCCGAAACACAAACCGCACUAGUCAAAUAAUAAUUAAAUGUUUAUGUAUGUAUGUAUGUACCGCUAUAGUUUUGUGAUCUGUUGAUGUCUACUGCUGAAAGAUGUAAAGAGCUCAGUCAGAAGAAAGUGAAAGAUGACGUCACAUCAAGAGAACAAAGAUCAAGUUCACUAUCGAGAAAAUCAUCAUCCAACAAUGUCAAUAGUGUUCAAGGCAAACCACCAAAAUCCCCACGAACAACAGGGAAGGCUGUAAAAGAACCUAAAAAUCUCAAGGUUGGAUUAAAAAUUCUCCACAUGCAUACAGAAUAUGAGGUGUUUGGCCAAAGCCAAACGGUAUAGUUGCCGAGUAAUUUUAGAAAAUACAAAACAUUAUUGUACAUAUUGAACAUUUCUGAUGAUGAAUGCCUUGCAAGAUAUACAGUAGUCGAAACUUGUGUCCAUUGUUUCGAGAGCGUUUCACUAUUUCAUUACCAUUAGUCCUUUUCGUAUAAAAAUGUCAAAAAGGUCAUUGAGGUUAAAAUAGGCGACAAGUAGUAUUCUUUCGUUAGGUAUGGAACUAGAAUUUACAGCAAAGAGCAAGUAUCAGGUCUACACUUCUAACGAACAGCAGUGUUAUGAAGGCAACAGGAUAAACAAUGGAAACUGGAAUAAGGCAACGGGAAGAUUGCAUGCAUGAAUAAAGUAUUUUGGGGGUGGAAGAUGAAUAUUGAACACUGGGUUUUUAAGUAGUGUGAUUAUAAAUACGGAUGUAGGAAUUAUGACAAAAUGCAUACGCAUUUCCUAUUUUUCCAUUGUAGGAUUGGGAUUUUCAAACACGAAAAGGUUUUGUUGUUGUUGAAGGUGGUGGGAAAUUUUCCAGUCAUUGUUAUAAACUUAAAAUACCAUCCAGUACCAAACUCUGGUUAACCAUUCAUGGAAACUUUCAAGGUGAAUUUGAGAAUGUUUUACAUCUUAGUUUAAGCCGGUUACAGACGAGCAAGUUUUCUAUGACAAGUUUUUAUAUGGCAAGUUUUAUUUGCCAAGUGCACGUGUGUAUGUUCAAUAAAUUUUAUACGACAAGUUUUUGGUUUUCUGACCUCCACGAUAGCUAUUAUUAGCCAUUACAACAAUAGAUUGCUGACCAACUGCAUGCAAGUGCUCAGAAUAUUUUGACAAGUUCUCUUCGUUGACGUACUGCACAUACAGAUAGAUAUUUCACAGCACAUUCCCUAUCAGGGCUUUUCAUUGACUGGUUACAUUGGGAAUAGAUUGAACCGGACUGACGUGAAGCAGGCCGAGGUAGACUUUGAGCUUACAAAUGGCGCUUGAGCAGUAGGGAUGAGCCGAUUAAUCGGUAAAUAAUCGGCAUAGCCGAUUAAUCGGCCGUUUUUUAAAUAAUCGGUAAUCGGCCGAUUAUUGCCUGAUAAUCGGCAAAUAAUCGGCCAUAAGACUUUCUCUGCAGCUGCCAAUCACAUGCUAAAAUACUGAAUACAAGCGAAUAGAUUUUCACAUUUUGUUGCAAAACCUGUGCCUUCUUUCGUCUCAAGUGAAGUGAAGCUGGGAACAUUUCCACUAAAAAAGCGCAGCAGACUAGCUCCGCAUAUUGUCUUGUUUUUACACCAUAAUCUGCCAAAACUAAACUUUGACUAUUGACAUGCGAGACUGAAGCUGUUUUUAAUUGUACAAAGUGUGUAUUGUAAACAAUAAAACCGCAUUUAUAACUUCAUUGUUGGCCAUCCUGUGAUUUUUCGCUUGCUUUUUAAAAUAAUCGGUGGGUACCGAUUAAUCGGCCGAUUAGUUACAAUAAUCGGCUUAUAAAUAAUCGGCCUCGGUAAUCGGCAAUUUUCCUUAUCGGCUCAUCCCUAUUGAGCAGCCGCUAUUAGUCCAUACCUCAUUAAUGAUCUGCCCCCUGACCUAAGUGCCUAACCCACCCUGUCAACUUUCCCUGUGGGAGGAAACCAGAGUACCCGGAGAAAACCCCCGACUUUCGGCAGAGCGUUGACUUUUACUCUUUUCACAUGAGGACUAGGUUCGAGUCACAUUGAGAAGUAGCUACCUUAGAGGUGAAAGGCAAGUGCGCUAACCACUUCGCCACCGAAGCCCCACGUCACAAUUAGAAAGAGUAAAGCCUGGUUAAAGGUGUGUUUUGAAAGAUACAAUUCUCGAGGAUUUUUUUGCGUUUGAGAAAUAAUUUUUAUGUGCAAUACAGUUAAGUGCAACGCAUACUUUUUGCAUUAUUAAGUAGACGCUCAAGACGCUUCUUUUUCACAGGUGCCUAUAGUUGGUUCAGAUUUUUGCAAAAUGGUAACAAACGAUGUAGUUGUAUAGGUCAUACAGUGUAGAAUCAUUCUCGUCCGCUUCACACUGCAGAUUUUAUAGAGUAGGAGAGUGAUCAUAUACCGUAUUUAUAAGAUAUCGGAUAGGUUGCCGUGUUUAAUGACAUUCACUCCAUCCAUCCUAUUUUUAAUUUACAUAUCCUUGCUUCAGCAGAUCGUCAAAUGGAUUUCACAUUGUUUGUUGUGAGAGCAGAUUCAGGCGAACUUGUCGCAUUUACACAAGCAAUUGUUGAUGAGGCAUGUAUUUAUCUAUAUUUGCACAUGAUAUACGAGUUUGAUUUCAGGUCGUUUUAAUUAAGGUUCUUAUUGCUUACUUCAUAUACAUUGUAUCGUAAAUCCUCAAUUAAAUCCUUUAUUAAAUCACGAUAGAAGAGGGGAUUAUUAGAGAAGGGAGGCUUAAUAGAGGACUCACCGUAACUGAGUUAUUUCGUUGAUUUUAUGCACAGAGAAGUUGUGUCCUAACUGACAUUUCUCCUGGAGAGUACAAUGUGUUAGUCUUCACUACUGGCUGCCAGUUAUCUGCACGAUCAUUUGAAUCUAAACGAACGGUUGAAUUGAUCAAAACUGUAAAUGGAGAAAUAGAACUCACAAAACGUUGUAGGUAAGUUGAAAAGCACAGUUAAUGAUGAAGGUACAAAUUGGUUUGCACGUCUGAACUACCGUACUUGAAAACCAUUAAAAACACAUUGACGUUUCGAGCUAAUGACCUUCGUCUGGAAUGUGCGACGCUAUGCUAAACCUCCAACGAAACGCACUACCUCACAACGUCAAAGUGUUUUAAUUAAACCCUGCUUUAUACUGAGGUUAGGUGUACCGUUGAGGUUACCUCUUUAACAUAUGGUCAUUUGUUACUUAACGAAAAGCGUGACAAUGCAUGGUGUGAUGUGGUGCCCGAGUGUACAGUAGUUGGCAGUUCAAGAUACCAUUUGGGUAACGGUGGCGGGUACAAGAUGGGCAGGGUGACCUCCCCCGCCCAUAAUUUCUGAAGGGGUUGAUAGCUACUGUAUGUACAGUAAAUGUGCAUAAAAUUUAAGCCAAUUAUUUAAUUGCAACGAAAGGAUGGUAAAUUUGCACCCCACGAUGUCGAGAAGUAAGACUUGUCCGUCACUCGUACAGUAAGUAAGCUGGCUAUCAUUGAAUAAUUGUGACACACACUGUACGAACGUUUUUACUGGAUGCAAUACUUUAUCCUAUCCAUUGUUGUCGUAGAGACGCGUUAACAGAGAUUUUCCUCCACUGUGAUUUGGAUGGCAAUGGUUAUCUGAGUCGCCAUGAAUUUGACGUGUUUCAAAUGCGCACCAGUGGAGAGUCAUGUGACGAUGGCGCUUGGGAAGUCAUGGUUGGUAUGUAAUUUACUGUUGUUUGCAUCUAAGAAUGAACAGUCGCGAAUGAAAACAUUGUUUGUAAUGAGCAUAACCGUUGACAGGUUUUAAACUAAUCAGCCAAUCCAAGUGAACAUUGUGUAGCAAGUGUGGUCAAUGCCUGAUACAGAACUAAAUCCUCAUGACAAGCAUGAAAGUUUUACUUGAUUGUAGAUAUACAUGCACCGCGCUCUGAUUGGUUAUGUAUAGUCUAUAGACCUACUGUAAGCAGAUGGUAAGCAGAUGGUUAUAUUAGUAUAAGGGUUAGACUAAUAAGGGAUAGGAAAAGGUUAAGGAUUAGAUUAGGAUGAAGAUUAAAGCGAGAAUUGUAAGGAUUUGGGGGUAGUGUACGGGUGAGAAAUCGCUAUAUAAUAAUUGGUUGCUAUAUAUUAACGAAAUCGACUCUUUUCCAUAAACUGCGUGUGGGAUUAAUAAUUUUGCUGCUUUAUUUACAGAGAAUUUUGAUACAAAGAAUGGUCGUGAGAUCACGCUGAAAGGCUUUCUAGAUUUAAACUUGAUGGAAGCACGUGACGCUGAAGGUGAUCCCAAUGACUUGUGGGUAACGUUCAACAGCAUGGGCUACAACAAAGCGUUAGAACCUGACCAGGUAUGCUUUCAAACGUACAUUGCGAAAAGAAUUUAGGUUUGCUAUUUCGUACGUGCUCGUGUAUCGACUAUCAUUUUACCACCAUUUUCUAUUGUUUUCAAUCAGUUUUGGUCUUCGACUCAUGACCUCAUUAUCAACAAUUCAAGAUCAUAUAGGUCUUGAAUUUGAAUAUCAAAACACAUACAACGUCUUCAAUUUGACAUUCAGAUAUAUGUGUAAGAAACGCACAAACUAAAUAUAAAUAAACGACAAACUAUAUGAAAGACUUCACCAGUGUGAAGACAUCCAACGCAAAAUUAUCACCCAAACUAGGUGAGAAAGACUCUGGUAUUAUCGUAUAUGUAAAUAUUUGUACUAUAUAUUUUCCAGGUUGCGUUCUUUGUGACAGAGAUAUACUCCCGUGAUUGUGACAUUAAAUUGCAAGCACUAAAGAUUGAUGACAAUAAGGAGAUCUUAAACAAGGCUGUUGUUCAGUCCAUAGUUGAAAAUUCUACAACACAUAAUGUCAAACGCAUGCGUGAUCUAAUCUUGCAUCGCUACGAUGAUGAACGACGUGUCAGUCUUGCUAUCGAAAACAAGGUAUGUAAGGAGUCAAUUCAAUUCAAUUCAAAAUUUUUAUAACACUGUUUCAUAUCAUUACAUUUUUUUUAAAAAAAGUACAGGAAGAAAAAUAAAGUAUAUUGUAGGAGUUAAAGAUAAUUAAAUAUAUGAAAUUUCAAACCAAAAAAGUAGUAGUGAGCGACAGCCAGAGGAGCAAAGCUUUCGAGCUGGUUGCCGCAAUGUCAGAGUAAUGUAAGCCGAUUUAGCUCUCAAUUUAUUUAGUAUAGAAUAACAAAUAAGCAAUCAAACACAAGAAAAUAAAACUAAUAUAUAAAUAUUCGAGAUAAAGUAGAAGAGAUCUGAAGUAGUAGAUUAUUCCUGAUUAUAAAGUAGAAAGUUUUUAUAUUCCUUUUUGAAAGAAUUAAAAGGGAGUGAUUUAAGGAAAACGGGUAGUCUCCCAUAAUUGAGAAGCAAAAAACUUAAAUGAAAAUUUGCCAUAGUUUGUUCUAGCAGCUGGCCGAUAGUAAUUAUCUUGGGAUGCAUAGUCCUCCUUGGGAUUCCAAAUGUUUUGCCCCUUUUUUAAGUUGGGCUCCCAAUCAAAAUUGGAACGUUAAGUAUGAAAGAAGUAUUAGCUUAAUAUGACAGAAACACAUGCAGGAAACCUCUUCAGUUUCAAAACCACCAUGACACCAUCUCAUCUACCUUGGCAUACCGUUAUAUUCCAGUGCAAUUUUUGUUUAGUCUCGUCAGUCUGUUAUGGUAAGGUUGAACUGCAAUAAAAGUCAGAACUGUGUGAGCCAUUGUGGGAAUUUAAACUGUGUUAUCAAAGUUGAGGCAAGGUCAACAGAGGUACGAAUUACAUUGUAUACUUGUUGCAUAAUAUGAAUUUUGAUAAAUAUAGUUCACAUACAGUAUAGUACACAUAUUUUUUUAAAAAUUAGGAAUAAAAUCGCAGAUAAAAUUGAUGAUCGAAAUUAGUUUAUGUACAAUAUAGUUCUAGCUGGUAACUUUUCUUCUUAAUCGCUCAAUAAAAACCUAUCGAGCUGGACGAAUAACGUAGGCCAAACAAAAUGUUGGUUUCAGGUUCCCGACCGACCUGUUAAAAACGUCUCCGAUCAUGAACGUUUUAUUGACACAUUUGCAAAAUUUCUCUCUUUUUACAAAAUUUCUGGCUUCUAUUUAACAUUUUGUCCGUCUUAAUCAUGUCUAGUCGUGUUCAUGAUCAAUGUAUUUUUAUACAUUUGUCUAUAAUUUUGUAUUGUACACAAUAUUACUUAAUAUAAAAUCUUGAACGGUUUGUGCCAGCGUAGGGAAGUAUGCAGAAUAUAAGCAGAACAUCCAAGUACUGUAGCUUACUAAUUUCCCGACGAAGGGCCUUCGCUGGAAACGCAGUUGUACUUCCUAUAAAUAUUGCUGCUUAUUAUCUGCAUUGGCUGCCAGUACAUUACCGCAUAGUUUUAAAAAUUUUAUUGCUAGUUUAUAAAACAAACAAUGGCAUGAGUCCCAGGUAUCUAACUGAUCUACUACAGUUUCACGAAUCCUCAAGAUCACUACGAUCUGUAUCGAAUGAACUAUUAAUUAAGUCAACCGAGGACUAUUACGAAGACAUAUGGUGAUAAAGCUUUUUCAGUUUGUGCACCUAGACUUUGGAAUAUUUUACCAUUGGAUAUUCGCAAGUCAUCUAGUGUUUACGCUUUUAAGAAGUCAGUUAAAACUUAUCUUUUUUCAAAAUUUGUUAGUAGCAAAUCUUUAUUUAUAUAGAUAACUUUAGGUGCCUUACUUUGUUUGUAUAUAGUAGUUCUAUUUUUAAAUCAUGUAAAUUGCCUUGAAUAGCUUUGGAUUUGUGCGCUAUAUAUAAAUAAAGUUUAUUAUUAUUUAUAAAAUAAAACGUUUUCCCGACCUUCCUUGUGAAACAUGGCUAUGAAACCUGAAACCAACAUUUGCUUGAGAGAAUCCUUGUAGGAGUUAUUCAGUGUUUUGAUCAAUAUUUUAUCAUUCAUUCUUGCGAUGCGAUCGAUGUCGUGUUUCGGAGAAUGAAUUGUCUGAUUAUUGUCCUUCUAGACUGGGCAUCAUUUAAUUGCUAUGGAUCCUUCUAAACCGUGGUCAGUUUCGUGCGAAGAUUCCGUUGAAGAUUAAACGUAACUGAAGGUGUAUUAAAACUUGAUGUUUAAAUCCAGGCUGUAUAAAGGAACGCUUAAAUAAUUCAACAAAUUAUAUAUUAACGUCUAGUCUAAAGACAAGUCAGAUCGAAGGGAGGCAUCAUCAUCAUCGCCAUUAUCUGUCAUGUCGUCACUUGUACCUUCUGAACCAUCAUCGUCCCCUAUUUCACCCUCACCAUCCUCAUCAUCAUCCUCUCCCUCCUGCACUUCUAACUCUAAAACAUUCUGAGCCUGAGCCACUACAGCUGCGGCAACUGCAGGGUUGACAGGAGCAUUACCAUCAUCAUCACGGCAUGUGUUGUAGGAACCACAUUCACCACAUUUCAGAGCAAUAAUGUGAAAUUUUACCAUGGAAUACUAAAUAACAAAUACCAUGCAUGAAUUAUUACAUAAAUGAACAUGCACCACUACCAUAUGUAGGUGAAGAGGUGUCCUGAGGGCCGCCCGGCCUAGGCCGCAAGUCAAGCGAUGUAUAAUAGGACAUACAAUACUGCAUGUGAAAAUAGAUGACAAAAGUUAGCAGGUUGUAAUUUCAUGUCCUAUAUAUUGAAAUGCCGGUACCUAGUAUUUGCUUCUGUAAAUUAUUCGUACACUGCAUGAGUUGAUAAAUGUUUUUCUAAACAUAAAUCUUAUUCGUUUUAAUCUUUUAGUCCAAUUUAAGUAUAGGUAAUUAGGGAUUAAUAGUACGAGUGAUGUUUGGAAAUUUUGCCAAAAUUGGACGAGCCGCCGAGGCGAGUCCGAUUUGGCAAAUUUCCAAACAUCACGAGUACUAUUAAUCCCUAAUUGUACGAGCAACAUCGCAUGAUUACUUGUUUAUUAUUAGCAUGACAAAAUUGGAUACGUACUAUCUCAAUGUCAACAUCAUAUUCUCUCGCCAAAGCCCAGUCCUGCCAGACUUUCAACCAAAAUUUGGUGCUUUUGUUUGUAUUUUCAUUUAGUUCUUUCGUUCAAGCAAAAUUUGCUGCUUUUGUUCGUAUUUUCAUCUAGUUUCUUCACGGCAAUUUCAUUUCACGCUUGUGUUUAAAAUACCUUUCCGCCAUUUUGUUUGAUUUGGGAAAAUCAUUAAUUCUACUGCAGUACAAUUAAUGAAAUAAUUGUACUCCUCUCAACCAAUCAGCAUCCAGUAAUUUUGUCAUGCUAAUAAUAAAUGCGGUAAAAGCAGUGUUCCAGUCAAGUGUUUUUCAUAUGUAUGUGAAAAUACACACGCAGACUUUGUCUGAUGAACUGAAUCUUCCUAACUUUAUAUAAGUACUAAGACAGCAAUAUACGUUAGAUUUCAUGCACACACCUUAAUACUUUCUUUUUAUUAAUUUAGUUAUUUCCUAGUACACACGUACGUAUACGAACGUUUAACUUUGAUGAGGCCCCAGUUCUUACCUUGUGACAGUCACAACAAAGAACCUAAAAUAAAAUUAAGC